AGGCUUGUACGCGAGCGAGGGUUACCGGGAUAAGCGCCGAGCUGCAGCUCACCGUUGGACUCCUACUUUGCAGCGCCUGUCGGGUCAUUUCGACACCAGCGCCACCAUGAAGCCCCUGAGCAAACCGCUUCUAGAGGAUGACGCCGGUCUCGGCGCCGUACUGCGCGAGUUCGCCGCCGUGCUCGAAGACUUCACGUGCCCCGCGGAGAAGAGACAUUUCCGGUACGACGAGCACCUGCGAACGGCGAAGAGGCGCAGCAGCGCGAGCGUCAGCGACAGCGGCAUCAGCGACACGGACAGUGCAGAGUCUCUGAACAGAAACAGCUUCAGUUUCAGUGAUGAGAAACUCAACUCACCCACUGUGUUUUUACCUUCUCCCACCAGUACUUUAGUAGCAUCACCCAAACCUAAACUUGGUGACACAAAAGAAUUAGAAGACUUCAUCGCUGACCUUGAUAAGACAUUAGCAAGCAUGUGAGCUGAAGUGAGAAAGUGGGCAGAUGAGCAACAGACCACAGCACACUGCCAGGACGGGCAUCGGCUAGCAUCUCUCACACACACACACACACACACACACACACAACCACA